CCAUCCUUCUUCUUCACCAACCGUACCGGCAAGGAGAACGGGCAGGAAAUCGCCCAAAUCAAUCAUGUGGUCAUCAUCUCCUAUACCUGACACUCGAUCUCAGCCUUCUAGUUAUGAGCAUACCGGUACGGUCAUACGUUAACCGUACGGGUACCCCUGUAGUGGCAGCACAUACAAAUCGAGAGAAAUCUGUAGCCCUUGAAUCCUUACGGGUACCCCUUCCAGCUUCCAUUCACACUUCAGCGGUGCGCCAUUGGCGACCUUCACGUCAAAGGGAUCGAUGGUCGACUUUGACAGGUGUAGUCGCCGCACAAACUCCUCGCCCACGAAGUUGAGAGAGGCCCCGCUGUCCACGAGAGCCACCGCCCACUCCUCCACGACCUGCGCCCGGAAUCACAUCGUCGGCGACCCGGUGGUCUCCACUGUUGUGACGACGGGGAUGGUCUCCUGUCCCGCGACGCUUGCUUCUUCCUCCUCCGCUACCUGCGUCUCCUCCUGCCUGAUCACUGUCAUGACCAGAGGAACACGUCCCUCCGCCAUUGCCUUCACUUUGCCGACCGCCACCCGCAUGUCCUCAGCCACCCGCUUGAGCCGCGCGAGCACCUCCAGCAGUCGAGCGUCAUUCUGUGUUGCCUGGUCCCCGUUCAAGAGCUUUGAUCAACUCAUGUCGAGCCAGGCUCUGAUACCAAUUGCGAGAAACACCUAUGUAUCGAUAGGAAUUGGGGAUGAGGAUAAAAGAAUUAGGAUUGAGAAUUGAGAAUUAAGAUGAGAAUUUGAAGAAGAGAAGAGGAAUUAGGGUUUUAGGAAUUCUGAUAUUAUUCUUGCUUAAUCGAAAUAACAAAGACUGUAGGUUAAAUAGUUCUCUCCCCAAAAAUAAUCAAAUGACCCAAUUACCCUCCCUAGGCCAACUCGGCCACUAUCUCUGCGUCUCUCAUAUAAUGCUGGCAGCCGGGAUGCAUCACCAGAGAGUAAUCAACCCCUGCAUGGCAGAGCUCCUAGUAGUAAGAGAUGCUAUCACCAUCGUCGCCCCAAGAUCCUUGACUCACGUGAUAGCGGAAGGUGACUCCGAGUUGGUCAUCAACCAGAUCCGACAAGGUGUCCUAGUAGAUUCCUUUGGAGUUCCGGUGCUCCGGGAGUGUCUUCAUAUACUAGAUUCUUUGUCAGUUUGUAUAGAGUUUAGGGUGGUUACGAAAGCCGCCAACAGUGCUGCCCAUAGAGUGGCGCUUAAAGCACUGAUAUUGUCUCUUCUAGAGUUAGAGUCUUUCGACUUUUUUGGGUGUCUUCAGUAGGGUGUCGCUUAUAGGCGGUUCUUGGGUAGUGUGGUUUGUAUAACUCUUGUCCUUUCUUGAUAUAACUUGGAAAUAAUAAUAAAAAGUCCAUUUAACU